AUGUGCACAUCCCCAACCACGGUUUACAGCUGCGGCCACACCAAGCCCGACCACAUAAUUGAAUUCUGCUACGCCGACAACGAGGGCAACUGCAGCCAAAUCCACACCCGCUUCGAGCACCUCACACGCAAAUGCCCCAGCUGCACGCGCAAGGCGCACGAUGAGCUCGAGCGCAAGAGGGGAACGCAUGAGGACGAAGACGAGGACGUCGUGCCCAUUUCGCUAGCGGCGGGCCCACUGUCCCCGUGCUCGUCGUCCAUGUCGCCAGGAUCCACGUCUCCAUCUUCUUCUCCAAAGGGUGAGCCUACACCUGCAGCAAAAUAA